AUGUCCCUGGGAGACUUCCUAGGCGACCAAUCUCUGGGAUCAUGGGCUGACGAGAUGGAGGACGCGCCAAUGCCCCGUGGUGGUGGCUUUGGCGGCGCCAGCUACGGCGGCGCCAGCGACAGGCCUUCUUACGGCUCUGGCGGCGGAUUCGGCGCGGACCGCGCUGGCAGCUUCGCCGACCGCGGCUUCGCUACCCGCGAGCAGCUCCCUCUCCCCUCGAAGCCCCCGUACACUGCCCAUCUGGGCAACCUCUCCUUCGACGCUACCGAGGGUGACGUCAACGACUUCUUCGCUGGAUGCGAGGUCACCAGCGUGCGCAUCGUCGAGGACAAGCUGGACCGCAAGCCCAAGGGAUUCGGCUAUGUGGAGUUUGGCACGCUCGAUGGCCUGAAGAAGGCUCUUGACCUGUCCGGCACACAGUUCCAGGGCCGAAAUGUCCGGGUCAGCGUUGCCGAGCCCCCCAAGGACCGCCCUGAAGCCAGGGACAUUUCCGACUGGUCUCGCAAGGGCCCCCUCCCCGACCUCCCUAACCAGCGCCGUGGCCCCGAGCGCGGCUACAGCAGCCGUGGGUUCGAUGCUGGUGCAUCCGAUGCCGGCAGCGACCGCGGCGAGCGCAGGCGUCCCGCCUUCGAGAGUGACGGCAAGUCACGCGACUUCGGUAACUGGGAGCGCAAGGGCCCUCUUUCUCCCUCCACCGAGGCACCAAGAGAAGGCGGUAGGCGCUUCGACGGCCCCCGCGAGCCCCGCGAAGGUGGAUUCCGUGAGAGGCAGUCCCCAGCAUGGGGUGAGGGUCGCCCAGAAGGCGAGCGUGGACCUCCACGCCGCGAGUUCCAGCCUGCCGAGGGCAAGCCGCAGUACGAGAGGCAGCCCACUGCCGCAGAACAGGACAACCAGUGGAGGUCCAAGAUGCGCACCGACGUCACAUCGCCUACUGGAACCCCCGACGCCAGCACGCCCUCAUCUCCCGCUCCUCUUGCCAGCCGUCCUAAGCUGAACCUCGCCAAGCGAACAGUCUCUGAGGCGCCCGCUGCCUCGCUUGCGACUCCCUCCGACAAGCCAAACCCCUUUGGUGCCGCCCGUCCUAUUGACACAGCUGCCCGCGAGAGGGAGGUUGAGGAGAAGCAGAAGCAGGCCGCCCAGCAGAAGAAGGAGGCUGACGAGAAGGCCCGCGAGGAGAAGAAGGUCAAGGAGGCCGCCGCUAAGGAGGCUGCGUCCGCAAAGUCCACCGAGGAGUCCAAGGGUGAUGAAGUCCCCAAGACUGUUGAGAACCCAGAGGCUGAGGCCCAGGACGAGACUGCCAACGGCGAGAUUGCUGGCGACAAGGACGUCAAGCCCCAGGAGCCUGUUGUUGCCCCCAAGGACGGAGGAUCCUGGAGACGCAAGUCCAGCACACCUGCCGCCCCUGCCACCACAACCGAGACCAUGGACGACGAUGGCUGGAGCACUGUCACCAAGGCCCCCAAGAACGCCCGCAACAACCGUCGUGGAGGCGCUCCUGCCCGUGCCAUUGCCUCGUAA